AGGACACAGAUUUGCGUUCUCGUCGAGCCACCCGGUGAAUCUACACUCCCUUCCCAACAAAAUGGAGGAGCAUCAUUUUCUGAUGAAGACCUGCAAUGAUUUCGGACAUUCCACCGCCCUGUGCUUCACUGAAACUUGGCUUUGUGGGAGUGUCCCCAACGAAGUUGUUAUGCUCCCUGGCUUUGAUCUUCACCAGCGUAGUUGGCAGGGACAAUAAAAGCAUAUUGCAACAAUCAUAAAACAAGGCAUCAUUUUCGUGACUCAGCACUGUCACCUGAGGUCUCCGGAGGUGCUGUGCAGAAUCUACUAGAACAGACAGACUAUGUAUCACCUAUCCACAUUAGUUUGGCAGGCCACUGCACUCACCCCAGGGAGACCGGGCUAAGAGGACACAACCAAGGCCGAUGGUCACAGGACCAUCCGUUAUCCUCACUGUUCCCAAACAAGGACAUGGGAACUCCACCAGUGCCCAGCUGGGAAGAUACCAUCCUCACUGACCGCCCAGCAUGCCGAAUCACCGCUAAUCCCCCACCCACCCCUAGGAGGGCAAGAGGCCCCACACUGCUGUUCUCAGAACCCCUAACACACCAGGAUCGAUGGCUUGAAUAAAGAAGUCAGAAGAAAAAUAAACACCACAGUUCCAAGGGCGUCUGCUUUCACUGCCUUGUGCUCUGGGUUUAAUUAAUGACAAUAGCUGUAUCAAUGUUUGCUUUUUGGUCAUCUUAAAAUAAUUAAUUCAAUGCAUCUUUUGGUCAAAACCUUUGCGGGCAUAGCAACAUUCGGUUGAAAUUACAGUGCAAUACAACAGUUUAUCAGUCCUGUCAAUUUUUCUAUCAGCGGCUCUUCAACUUCCUCUUUUGUCUGAGUGUUGCUUCCUCUUUCAUUUACUGUUUUGCAGAGCAGCUUCAAAAAGACUUUGGUAACGCUGAACAUAGACAAAUGAGAUAACAGAAUUCUUGCGCAACGGACUUUAAAAAUGAAACAACCUAUCUGACAAAUUAGUUUGUCUUGAUCUUAGAGUCAUUGUGUUUGGGGUUGGUGAGACGUGCACAAGAUGGGUGAGUACUAGAAAGAAAGUAAAUUACUUUCUCAAAUACAACAACGUGAUAAUCUUCUCUCUGUCUGCAGCACCGGUGUGUUCAUUAAUGGAUGUUUAACAAAAGUAGCAUUUGCAGUUGUGGCAGUAUCUGUUGAUGGAUCUAGUUUACAUGCUGUUUGCUGGAGUGUGAGUGAAAUGUCAGGAGACACCAGCACCCUGUCUUGGAGAAGCAUGUCUCCCACCAGCCCAUCAAAGACCCCAGGCAUGUCUCCCACAUCAACAAUUGCGAGGGACAGCAUCUUCCCGGUGAAGAUUAUCAAAGUGUGUUUCCUCAGCAACAGCUUCAACCUCGGCAAAAACUUCAAAUUGGUCUGCUGUGACGAAGGAAUGACAGUCAGGGAUGUCAUCAGCACUGUCCUUUCCGGUGGCUGUUUAGGCCCAGGCAUAAAACACACCCUUUGUUACUGUCUGCUCCUCAACCAUCUCAAGUCAUCUGAGAUACAUUGGCUGCACCCAGACAUGACCGUGGCUGAACUCACCCACCGAUAUGAGCAGCAGCACCUGGAGGCUGAGUGGAGAUAUGACCUGAGGAUCAGAUACAUUCCAUCAGACUUCUUGGAAAAAUUCCAAGAAGACAGAACCACCAUGCUCUACUUUUACCAGCAGGUACGCAGUGACUAUAUGCAGCAGUUUGCCUCAAAAGUCAGUGAUGGGAUGGCUCUGCAGCUGGGCUGCUUGGAGAUUAGGAGAUUCUACAAAGACAUGAAUCCAAAGGGACUGGAGAAAAAGUCCAACUUUGAGCUGUUGGAGAAGGAUGUGGGACUAGAGCUGUUCUUUCCAAAAGAGCUGAUCAACAGCAUGAAGCCAAAGCAGCUGCGUCGAAUGGUACAGCAGACGUUUCAAGGCUACGCCACACUGAACCAGGACCAGUGCAUGGCAAAGUUCUUCAGGACUCUGGCUCAGUGUUAUAGUUAUACACAGGAGAGAUUUGCCUGCCAGCUGGUGCAUGGUUGGCGUGUAACCAUAGACCUGGUCAUUGGAUCUGAAGGUAUCAGUCAGCAAACUGAGAAUUCAACGCCUGUCCUUCUGGCCACAUUCUCUCAGGUCAGAAGUAUCUUGUGCUCUGCAGAGCGCCAUGGCCGAGCUCUGCUCACCAUAUACAUAGAAGGAACCAAGCAGCCUCUUUCAUUGAGUACAGAGUCUAUGGCUGUAGCAGAAAACAUGGCUAACCUAAUUGAUGGCUUCUGUCAGUUGGAGUGCUCCACUCAGGGCUCCGUUAUAAGCAGGCCAAGCGAAGUGAGACUGAAGCUGCCUGACAUUCCUAAACAUAAUGAUUCUACUGGACCCACCAGAGUUUCAGAUAUUUAUGCUGAGAUUCCUGAAAGCACAAUGGACCCGUGUGAAAAACAUAAGAUCUCCCGAGAUGACAUAAUUGUGGGUCAGAUCCUGGGUGAGGGUUUUUUUGGAGAGGUUCAUGAUGGUGUGUAUAAAGGCCAGACAGGUGAGACGAUCCAGGUGGCCAUCAAAACCUGUAAGGACUGUUCAGCAGGCGUGAAGGAAAAGUUUCUUAGUGAAGCUUGCUUGAUGAAAAAUCUGGACCACCCCCACAUUGUACGCCUGAUUGGAGUCAUUGCUGCUGAUCCAGUCUGGAUUGUCAUGGAACUCUAUGAACAUGGAGAGCUGGGGAAAUAUCUGGUGGAGCAGAAAUAUGUCCUGACCACAGCAAAAUUAAUCCUGUACUGUCUACAAAUCUGUAAAGCCUUAGCUUACUUAGAGGGCCUCAACAUGGUGCACAGAGACAUAGCAGUGAGAAACAUUCUAGUGGCAUCUCCUGACUGCGUCAAACUUGGUGACUUUGGUCUGUCUCGCUACAUAGAUGACCAGGAGUACUACAAAGCAUCUGUUUCAAGAUUACCAAUCAAAUGGAUGGCGCCAGAAUCCAUCAACUUCCGACGGUUUACCGUUGCCAGUGAUGUCUGGAUGUUUGGUGUGUGUGUGUGGGAAAUCUUCUCCAUGGGCCAGCAACCGUUUCUCUGGCUGGAAAAUGGACAGGUGAUCACUCAUCUGGAGUCUGGUGCCCGACUCCCCAAGCCACUGUUGUGCCCGCCCGCUGUCUACUUCCUGCUCACCAGCUGCUGGGCUUACGAGCCGUACAUUCGUCCCGGCUUCAGCCUGCUUGUCUGUUCUCUGAGGGAGAUUCUCAAAAUUGAGGAGGCGGCCACAACACACUGCAUCUCGUCAAACUCAUCACUGGACCCUGACCACAGAGAGCCUCCCCCAAAGCCUUCCAGAGUCGGCAUCAGUUGUGGUCAUGUCUCGCAUGUGGAGGGAACAGCCUUGGAUUUGGCAGUUGUGGAGAAUGAGCAAGUUGACAACACUCUACAAAGGCAAAAAAGAGAGAUGGAGAUGGACAGACUGUGGCUGGAACAAAAGGAACAACAACUGGAUCCUGCCAUGCAACAAGCCUCGAAUACCAAGAUUUUGGAAAGCAAUCCAGCUGAUCCACCCUCUGACGUCACAUUGUCUCAUCCUACAGCCGAAUUGGACCGAUCAGAUGAUCAGGUUUACUCCAGCGUCAUGGAGAUAGUCAAACAGGUAGUCCAGCUGAAGAAUGAACUCGACAUGCUGCCUGCCUCAGCGUUUCCCAACGCUGUGAAAGCAGUUGGCGUCUCUCUGCGAAGCUUGAUUCAACACGUUGAUAAUGUCAUGCCUUCCCUGCAUCACUCACUGACGAGUGAGAUCAUGGGCACAAAGAAACUGCUGAACAAGGACUUGGGGGAGCUGAUCAAUAAAAUGAGAUUGGCCCAGCAGAACUCUGUGACAACUCUCAAGCACGAGUGUCAACGACAGAUGCUGGCAGCUGCACACACCCUGGCCAUGAACUCCAAAAACCUGCUGGAUGCAGUGGAUCAGGCCCGGGUCAGGGCCGACCUGGCGAUUCCGAGGGAGGUUGAGGAGAGCUCGGCGGAUUAGAAGGGUUACUGUUAUUUGUUCAAAAGUAGAAUGUGUGGUGCAUACACAAAAAUAGAACUAUUGGAUAGAGAAAUAAACAUUUGUCUGAACUGAACUCUUGUGUUUGUUAAAAAUUUGGACAUAUAAAUAUUCUUUUAGCGAAUUAUCUGAUAUCUAAUUCCACAGGGGCACUUUGGUUUCAGGAUUUUCCCGCCUAGCUCAAGCUAUUUUGGUCACCCCCCCCCCCCAAAAAAAAAACAGGUAAAUCCUGGAUAUUUAAGCAACUUUGAUAAUAUAACAAUACUUUUCAUGUUCACAAGUCUGUUACAAAUACUGCUGGAGAAUGUAUUUGUUGGGCUGCAUAUCUAAAUAUUUUGAAGUUAUUAAAUGUGUGACAAUGGAAGUGCUAACUAUGUGUAACCUGAUCCUAACCACUCUGCUGUCAGAGCAUGUCUGCCACUCCACCAAUACAUCCAAGUGGUCACCAUAUUAGUCGCGUCCUCAGUUCCUGACGUCAUCGUCACUUCCGCCGUUGAAAAUGUGCAGUGCCUGCUACUAUGGAAGCCGAACAACAGAGAUAUUCACAUUUUUCCGACGCCCCUUCUGACACCGAACCUCUUUUCGAAAAGG